AUGGUGAUCUAUAUAAUCAGAAAGGAUCAGCUAUUGAAGUCCACCACAUUCCUUCUGAUACUGAACAUGGCCUGUGGAGACUUGGUAACGACUACAGUGACGAGUCCGCCAUUAAUCAAGUUCUUGUUUGUUGGAUUAGCUUGGAUUCCUGGGACAGUUGGAGGUUUGCUAUGCAAACUGAAUCUCUAUCUCGUUUUGGUUGCUCUCCUGGGUUGCAUUUUUAGCCUGACGGGGAUACAAAUAGAUCGCUUUUUGGCUGUGAUCCGACCACUGACACACUCACCCUGGACAAAAUGGACAAAGGUUAUUAUUCCUGGAAUAUGGCUCGCGGCUAUUUUACUUCCCAUACAACACAUGUCGCACAAAACGGGCGUUAACAGUUACUCGAGCUCAGGAAUGAACAUUUCCGUAUGCGACGAAAAACAAGUUCCAUUAAGUAUCGAGAUCACGCUGAGCAUAUGCUUUCUGCUUCCUUUCACAGUGAUGCUCAUACUUUAUCCAAUCAUCAUCUAUCAUCUGUGGACAAGGCAGGUCCCAGGAGAACCGAACGCUCUGCAACAACAGAGGGCAAAUCGUAUGGCACGGAAAAUCACCAAAAUGAUAGUUGCUGUUGUACUUUCUUUCUUUGUCUGUUGGGCACCGCAAUUUAUUUUCGUCUGGAUGUAUCCUCUCGCUAGAGAGCUGGCAGCCACUUUACCCUGGUUAUUUCCAUUUAUCCUUUAG